GCGCAUCCCGCACCUCCAUUGAACGUCGCCCGAGUCUGUGCUGCAGCCGCGCCUCCCACUUUUGAAUAGCUUUUGCUGUCUUUGUGGGCGCAUCAACUCCACGCUUCCCUCUCCACCAUCUCCGCGCCUCAUUCUUCUUCUUUCAACUCUCUUCUCCCUACAUACUCUUUAAUCAUCACUAGAAACAGCGCUCGACUCAACCCGCCGCGCCUGUCGCAACCUCGAAGCCUUGCGCUUCCAUUGUCGCUCUCAAUACUGCUAGAUUUCGCAGGGCGCUCGCCCUUGCCGAGUUUGAUGUCGCGCCACUGCUAAAUACCACCUCUCGGAUCAUUCACCAGACUCUUCGGCGCACGCUUUUUUCUACAGCCCCCUGUAUCGCCAACCGCAACCAUGGCGUCGCCGACAACGGAUACACCGACCGCGGACCCUGCGGCGCGCGACUCGCCGUCCGUGCCCGACAAGGAAAAGACUGCUGAUGUCAACGGGUGAGUGCAGUUUCGCGCUGGGAGCUUAUUGUCGCAGUGCUCUCUGGAUGAUUUUUGAUCAUUACCUCUCGCAUCAAGAUGCGCUUGUAGUGCUGACUGGGGUGCUGUUUGUUUUUGUCUAGCCAUGCACCACCUGCCUCGGAGCCAGCCAAGGACGCCCAGACCGAAUCUAAAACUGAGACGAAACCCGAACUUGAGAACAAGCCCUCAUCGGAUAAGCCUGACGAGGCUCUUAAGAAGGCUUCUGAUGAGUCUAAACCUCCUGCUGCCGAUUCUGGUGCAGACAUCGAUGCCGAUGCCGAUGCUGAUGCUGACGUAGACGCUGAUGCCGACACCAUCAUGACCGACGAUAAGCCUGCCGAUAAACCCGUUGACAAGCCCGCCGAAGAGCCCGUCGAGCCCAAAGUUGAAGAGGCGCAAGAGGCACCGCCUUCAUCAGAUGUUGAUGUCGGCUCAUCAGGUAUCUCUCAAUUGGCUAUUGACUCCAAAUCCCCUAUUAACACCUCCUUCGAAGUGUCCAUGACCGACGCUCUCAGCUCAAAGGUUUCUCGGGAACGAGAGGAGGAGGAGGAUGACGAGCCGCUUGCCAAGCGAGCAAAGACGGAGCCAAAGGAUGAAGGUGCAGCCAUCACGGCGACGCCCAAAAGCGAGCAAGCCGGUACUCCCGUACCUGGCAACGAUCGUGGCCUGGGACGUCUUGCUUCUCUGCAAAAGUGGAAUGACUCAGGGAUUCGCGACAAGAAACUUUCACUCUUCCAGCGCCGUGAAAUCAGAAGGAUCAUCGGCAGGGUCAAGAAGACCAAGCAUGGUGGCCACUUCCGGGAUUCCGUCCCGAAGCUGUGGCCGGCAUUGGGAGAGUCCUACUUGGCAAGGAUUGAGAAUCCCAUGGAUCUGGCUCAGAUUGACCGAGGCCUCCGCGACGCCAGUAGCACUUACACUACGUUUGGUGACAUGCAAAAGGACCUGCAGCUCAUCUUUGAAAACACUCUGACCUUCAACGGCGCCUUACACGAUGUCACAGAUGCAGCAUUCUACGCAGUACGAAAUGUGUGGCAAGAGGCCGUCAUCAUCCCCGACGACGAGCCUGCGCGACCCAAAUCUGUAGCCAAGCCCAAACCUCCCCGCGAGCCUCGCGUCCUGCCAAGCGGACCCGACAAUGCCGCGCGAAGGCAAUCCUCGGGGCCUGCAUCCAGCCCGCCACCCCCCGUGGCUGCAUCGAAACCCAAGCCGCAGGCCGCAGAGCCCAUUGCGGAUCGUCGCGGCUCAACAGCCACAGACGGAGAUAGACCAAAACGGACGGUAAGGGCACCGAAGCCCAAGGAUAUCGAUUAUACCACUAAGCCUUCUCGCAAGAAACUCAAGCCCGAAUUGCAAUUCUGCGACGAGGCACUGGCGGAGCUCAUGCACCCCAAGAAUUCGACGCUCAACAUGUGGUUCCUCGAUGCCGUCGACGCUGAAGGCCUCAACAUUCCCGACUACUACGCCAUCAUCAAGAAGCCCAUGGACCUGGGCAAGGUGUCGCGCAUGUUGAACGGGGGCGAGAUUGCCAACGCCAAGGAGUUUGAUAAGAAUGUGCGCCUUGUCUUUACCAACUGCUACCAGUUCAACGGACCUCCCGAUCAGGGCAACCCCGUAUCCAUGGUGGCCAAGCAGCUUGAGGAUCUCUACAACCAGCAGAUGAAGGGCAAGGAUGCAUGGCUGGCCAGAUACGCAAAGGCCAACGCACCCGCUGCGUCUGCCUCCAACGCUAGUGACGAUGAGGAGGAGGACGAUAGUGAGGAAGACGAGGCCGGAGCCCCCGCCGUAGACAACUCCAAGGAGAUCCAGCAACUCAAAGCCAAGUUGGAAGAAGAGAGCAGUAAACUCAACCGCAUGUUUGCUUCCGGGGAAGCGCAGGCCAUGAUUGAAUGCCAAAAGGUCAUUGUUGAAACCGUGCAGCAGGCCCUUUACAAGGCGGCGCAGAACCAGGGCGGCGAAGGCAAGGCUAAGCACCAGGACAAGGCGGUCAAGAAGUCUAGUAAGCCAAGCAAGAGCAAGGCGGCGGGCAGCGCCCCUGCGCGCAAGUCGUCCAGCCACGCGCCCCCUCCUAAGAAGGCGGGUGUUGCGAAGAAACCGGCUCCCAAGAAGAGCCUGUCGGCAGCGGACAAGGACCAGAUCGCGAGCGCCAUCAACGAUCUUGAGUUCUCCAACCUCGACCAAGCUAUUGACAUAAUUAAGCGUGACACGGGUCAAAACGAAAACAACGACGGCGAACUCGAGCUAGACAUUGACCAGCUCAGUAACGAAGCGCUGAUCAAGCUAUGGGAGCUUUGCAAGAAGGCGCUCCCAGGAUUCGGUAAAAGUUCAAACGCCACAGCAAAGUCGCCCGAAGUUAAUAGGGCGGUCCCCGCAAAGCAGGCUCCUAAAUCGGCUUCCAAGCCCAAGAAGAACAAACCCAUGAGCGCGCAGGAGCAGGAGGCGCGCAUCGCACAGUUGACCGCUAUUUCGCAAAUGUACAAAAACGGCCAAGAGCCUGUUGAUGAUGGACCUGCUGCGAUGGCGCAUGACCAUAACGAUUCGAGCGAUGACUCUGACUCGGAAGAAGAGUAAAAGAAGAGUCUUCUUUUGCUCGCUCUUGAAAUAGAUUCGCUGUGGAGGCGUACUUUGUCUCUGUUUGUGAGAAGAUAAAAGAGCUGCGCUGGUUAUAUGCUCGUUUGGGUACUCAAGGUCGCAACCUGCAAUGAUGGUUGCAAGCUAGAAGGGAUAUAUAUGUGCUUUUCGGCCAAGUAAUUUUCAGACUCGCCUGCUUUCAUAGCGGCGGGUGAUUGACGUGGUCAGGCCUGGUCUGGUGGCCGUACUGAAAUGGUAUUCAGGGGAAGACAAGUAGGGACAUGGAUGAAGGGUCCAAAAGGCCGUUGAAAAAAAAAGUAUUGGGAGGACUAAAAGAGGCGUCGGGGAGUUUGGCUGGUAACGAACGACUAAGGGAUUUUUUUUUCUCGCUGGAAUUGCGCUGCGCCAUUGCAAUUUCUUUAUUUGCUUCUUUUUGCUGCUUGAUACUCCUUGAGAAUGCGAGAGAACGGAGGUCUUUAGGGAUGGAAAGGCAUGGCCCGUGGUAGAGGGCGCGACGAAUUGUAUGUAGUGUAGGAUGAAUUGUAUAAUAUGACGAUGACGCUUG